UGCUCAGAAAGGCAAGAUGGCGGACGGUGAAGCAGUAAUAAACCUCAAGAAACUGAAGGUAGCUGAGCUAAAAAAGGAGCUUGCAGAUCGCGGUCUCUCCACGAAGGGCAACAAAAGCGAUUUGCAAGAACGGUUAGAAAAAUGUCUGGCUGAUCAAGGUAUGGUGGUCAGCCAAGAUGAAAGUGAUGACAUUGUUGAUGAAAAUGAUCCUGAUGAUGACCUAGACAAUGAUGCUGAUGACUUGGAUGACGUAGAUGUAGGAGAUGUUUCAGAACACCUUGAGGCUGAAGACUUGGACACAAAAGACACAGAAGAAGAUAAAGAAGUUACCCAGGAAGUUACAGCAGAUGAAAAAAAGACACAAAAAGUUAUUUCAGUCAAAAGGGUGCCCAUUACACCUCCUGGAAAAGUUGCUGGUCAAGUGACAUUAACUGAUGCAGAGAAAAAGUCAAAGAGAUUAGAAAGAUUUGGUAUGUCUCCACCAGUGACAGAUGUUGAGAAGAAACAAGCCAGAGCUCAGAGAUUUGGUUUUUCUAGCCCUGCCAGUAAUGGAACUGCCAAGAGUUCACCAAUUGUUGGAGGAAAGGAAGUAGAUGUUGAUAAGCUAAAGAAAAGAGCUGAAAGAUUUGGUGCAGUCUCUCCUGCUAUAACCAAGCUUGAAGAAGAUGAUAAAUUGCUGAAGAGAAAACAACGGUUUGGUGUAACUAUUACAGGAUCUCCAGGAAACAUCUCAGAUGCUAAGAAGAAGAGAGCUGAAAGAUUUGGGCUCUGAGGCAAACUUUUUAAGCAAGUGCUUGCAGUUGAGACAAGAACUGCAACAAAGAAGGAAUGACACAGUUACAUUUUUGAUAUGAUUAUCCAGUGGGUUAGUUUUGAAUACUACUGCUCGUUUAUUAAAAAGGAGGCCAGAAAAGCAGUGGACACUCAUAAACAGCUCCAGGCUCUGUCAAGUUCUGUUUAAUGAAUGGCAGCUGCUGCAAUAAUUAAGCUGCAAUCUUCUGUCUUGUAAAUUUGGCCCAUGUAGAUGGUCUUGAUGACAUUACAAACACCUUAUCUGUGAAAAUGGCUCAUAGAGAUUUGCAACAGUAAGGCUGCAUCACUGGAUGAUUAACUCAAAUUGGAAGGUAACAUAUUUGGGUCAGUUAUUUUAAAAACAGGGAUUAAUUUUGGUUCUGAUAACUACUAAGGCUGUUUAUUUCAUUAUAUAUACUCUACUUCAUAACCGUUACCUCUUUGGACCUGAAAAUUUGUGCCUUUAACUUUUUGAAUUCUGCAUUUUGACUUCUCGUUUUUUUUUUAAUUUUUAAUUUUGUUUUUGCAAUAAAAUUGCAGCUUCUUUUCUUCAGAUUGACAAUGAAAUGAUACUGUGGUGACACAAAGUAGUUCACUUGUCCUUGAAAUCUAACAAUUCAAAGAACUAGUCAAAACAGGAAUUUUCUUUGUGCAUCAUUUUUAUUCUCAACCACAUCUCUAGGCUCCAUAGCCUGGUUAUUUUGGGAACACUUGUUCUAAAACUAUUCUUAGUUUGUGCACUUGAAAAUAUUUGUUGUAGUCAAUUUUACAUAUACUACAAAGUUAUUUUACACUCCAGAAGUCUGGUGUCCAAUUAUUUAUCUGAAUGGGUUAGUUACGGUUGGAAUUUUUCUCUUUGCAUUAUUUGGAUAUCAAAAGGAUGCCUCACUGAUAGAAGUAUUUUUGUCGACAGAUCUUGGUUUGUCUCCAAAUUGACCAAGAACUAAAAGUUUUCAUCUCCAUCUCUAGAGAAACUUGCAUAAUCACAGCAUUGUUCAUCAUUGUUUCUUGGUAGAAAAAUGUUUGAGUUACAGCUAUGCAAUCUGUUUAACAAUAUACUGACAUAAAGAUAAAACUGCUGCAUGUUUCUAUUUCUUAAUAAUGUAUUAAGGCACCCACGACCAUUUAAAUAACACAUGAUAAAUUCUGAGAAAGAUUAAUGUGGGUUUUGUGCUCUUAGUCCUUAAACAUAGCCCCUUUAACAAAUUGUUACAUUACUGACUGUAAAAAGAACACAAACGUGAAUGUUCAUUGUGCUUUUCCUUAUUAUAUGUAGAGUAAUAAAGAUCCUUUUUAUACUGUA